GAACGUAUCGAAGAUCAUAGAAAUCAUGCCGCGUGUAAAUCGUGCCAUGUGAAAAUCGAUCCGUGGGGCAUUGCCUUCGAGAAUUUCGAUGCCCUGGGAAAGUGGCGGGAAAAGAUUCGCGGCAAAGAUGUCGACGCUUCCAGCGAGCUAUUCAACGGUGAAACGCUCGACGGCAUUGACGGCCUCAAACGCUUCCUGCUUGAAAAUCGACAAGACCAAUUCGUCCAUGCCAUGGUUCACAAACUGACUACCUAUGCGUUGGGACGCCCCCUCGGAUUCGAAGAUCGGGCCGACAUCGAAAUGAUAACGGCCAAUGUUCGCCAAGAAGGAGACGGCUUGCGAACGCUGAUUCACUCCAUCGUCCAAAGUGAUUUGUUUCAGUCCGAAUAA